CUAAAAGAAUCUCACCUUUUACGCAUUCAUUAUGGUUAAAGCUCUGAAGAGUUAGGAGCCUAGGACCCUCUUUUAACUCAUCCUAUACCACAGCGUAUUGUAUAUAAAGGUCAUGGUUAUAUUGAUAGAAAAUACCAAACAGCUUCAUCAAUAAAAACUCUCUAAUCACAUCCUUUUAAUUGUUCUUCAUAUUUAUAUUUAGUAUCCAAGCAUUAUGAAUUUGGGGAAGUUUUUCUUGGUUGCUCUUUCCUUAGCUCUACUUUUGGAGCUGGCCAAGUGCAUCGACUUCAAAGAGGAGGAUUUGGCUUCCGAAGAGAGACUCUGGGAAUUGUAUGAGAAGUGGAGGAGCCAUCACACUGCUUCUCAGGACCUCAACGAGAAGCAUAAGCGUUUCAAUGUGUUUAAGGAGAACGUGAAGCAUGUUCACAAGGUGAACAAGAUGAAUAAGCCUUACAAGCUGAAACUGAAUAAGUUUGCAGAUAUGACUAACCAUGAAUUUUCAAGUUCCUAUGCCAGUUCAAAGGUUAGCCAUCACAGGAUGUUCCAAGGUAUCCGACAGGUGACUGGUUUCAUGCAUGAGAAGAUUGACAAUCUUCCAACCUCUGUUGAUUGGAGAAAACAAGGAGCAGUUACUGGUGUCAAGGACCAAGGCAAAUGUGGCAGCUGCUGGGCAUUUUCAACUGUAGUUGCAGUUGAGGGAAUCAACCAAAUCAAAACAAAGGAGUUAGUCCCUCUGUCUGAGCAGGAGCUGGUUGAUUGUGAUUCUAAAAACAAUGGUUGCGAUGGAGGACUAAUGGAAAAUGCAUUUGAGUUCAUUAAGCAAACUGGUGGAGUAACAACAGAGAAAAAUUACCCCUACCAAGCCCGACACAAGUCUUGUGACUCAUCGAAGAUGAAUGAUCCUAUGGUACAAAUUGAUGGUUAUGAAAAUGUUCCACAAAAUGAUGAAAAUGCCUUGAUGAAAGCUGUUGCAAACCAACCUGUAUCAGUUGCAAUUGAUGCUGGUGGCAAGGAUUUCCAGUUCUACUCAGAGGGAGUAUUCACCGGAGAUUGUGGCACAGAGCUGAAUCAUGGGGUGGCAAUUGUGGGCUAUGGAACAACUUUGGAUGGUAAAAAAUACUGGAUAGUGAAGAACUCUUGGGGACCUGAAUGGGGAGAGAAGGGUUACAUAAGGAUGCAACGUGGGGUUAAUGCAGAAGAGGGACUGUGUGGUAUAGCCAUGGAGGCCUCUUAUCCCGUAAAACUGUCCUCAAACAACAAGAAGAAGACCUCCUUCAAAGAUGAACUGUAAAAGUGUCUUAUUUCAGAAUUCAGUAGAUUGCUGUAGCCUAUGUAGUAAAAUUUGUGAUCUGGUUUGUUUGUCACAUUAAACGCAUAAAUCUGUCUCGUUUUAUAGGUGCUAAUGCGAGGAUAGAAUAGUGUAAUGUAUCCGUUUGAUGUAUUUGUUUGGAUGACAAAUAUGAAAAAGCUCUUUGAUGGUUGAAAACUUGAAAUACAAGGUUGAAACUUGCUAAAUUCUAACUAAAA